AUGGCUGGCAGUGUCCAAGGGUCCGCAAUCGACGACAGUUUCGAAACCCUCACAAAUGCGCCGGAUGCAUGGGCAUCUGGUCACAAUGCGGCGCCUAUCCCAGUCGACUAUCAACACUACGUCGAGCCAGGAGAUGGACGCAGUGCUGUUGAUGACAGGUGCUUUACGGAGUUUGGGGCAGUCGAAUAUCCCCACCACAACAACAAUAACAUGACCAGACCAGCGGAGAGUGAUCAGAAGCGCCACCGAUCAUCGACCAAGACAGCAGCCCAUGGAAAGCGCCGUCCGUCGCCUAGCUUCCGCAUUCGCAGCAAGGAUGGAGAUAGUGUUGUUGUUAGCAACCCAUUUGUGCUGCGCAAAACAUGUCGCCCUCCGCCCAGCGAAGCUGCCCCGUCCGAACAGACGGAGGAGGCAAGCCAGCAUUCUUCUUCAUCAGCCGCUCGCUCGCGCACUUUCCAGAUCCGUAUCAGAGGCAAGAAUGGCGAGGAAGCCAUACAGGAGAUCAAGAGGCCCUUGCACUUCGCCUCUCAAUCCGGUCGUGCUCGUACGACUGUCGCUGGAGACCAAGCCGAUGCGGAGGAGGUCAAGUACUGGUCCGCCAGCUCAUCACACUCGUCUCCUCAACGUGAGCAGGGAGUCAAGAGUAAAUCAGGACUCAUAGCAGGACCCACUACACUCACUGACUUUGUCACCGACGCUACUCCGGGUGUUGCGCCAUCGUCAAUAGGCAGUUCUGUCAAGAUGUCAGGAGCUCUUCCAGACUCGUCACCUGCUCCAACUCCCGACUCCUCGAGAUCCCGACUCCUUCCUCCCGAGAAGCCAGCCAGCUCUAUCCAUGAUUCUAUUAUUUCUUCUUAUUCCCCGCGCUAUAACAGCAGACAAUCCAGUAAGGAUCUAUCUCGCUACACUCCUUCGAAGCACUCAUUCCAUACUCCUUCACAGAAGGCGGUUGUUAUAGUUCCGGAUGACUCCCUCGAGGGCUCCGUCACAGCAAGAUCUAUCUCAGCCCUGUCGACUCAUGCCAUUGUGUCGUCAAGGCCUAUGUCACCUGUUUCUUGCACUAGUGCUCCCUCAUCGCGAAGCUCUUCCAGCGACUCGGUCAGCAAGUUAUCCAGCAACCCAUCAGCCCGUCAAUCAGCCUCCUCUUAUGCCUCGACUCCAACCCAAUCAAUCAUGCCACCUCAGCAAGCUGCUACGGCAUCCCAGCACUCUGUCGUGACAUCCCCAAAACCUUCUAUACCACCAACACCUCGCCUGACAGAGCCGUGGCCAGCCAGCUUGUCGCAUUCCAAGCCAGAGUGGUCGAACCCAGAUGCCUACUACGAUUGGAAGGUGCCAAAUGACUCUCUGUACUCCGACUCUACUGUGAAGAGUGCGUCUCCGCCGUCCGGAUACUCCAGCCAUUCUGGCGGUGUGCUCUUACAGCACAUAGACACUUCAGAAGAUGAUGCUUUCUGGGAUCAAUCGCUUUCGGCCAUACCUUCAGCCUUCUCUCCUUUUCCCGAAGAAGGACACAUCAUCGAGAAUCGAUUCGAGGAGAUCACAUCAGAAACAACUCAACAAUCCACCCACAAGAGCCAGUCAACUCACCACACCCAAUCGCCUUCUUCUCGCAAAUCUCCCUCCGAAGAAAGCAAAAUUCGAUCAUCGUUGACACAUUCUCGACGGCCUUCCCGCUCGGCGUCUCGAAAGUCGAUACAAGAUGAGCAGACGUGGGAUGAAAUUUCGGCGCCUUUCAUCUCAGAAUGGGAAGACAAAGCACCUUCGGAGAACACGUCGCGCCAAACAAUUCAAGAAGAUACAGAAUCAGAGGUGACCGCAGAAUGGGAAGCGUUACCAUCCUCACAUCGCUCAAGGACCUCGAAAGUCUCUCGGGAAUCGACGUCGCGCCGCAGCCGAUCACACAGAUCCAGAUCCUCUCGCCAUUACUCUAGAGAAGACUCUGAACAGAGCUACGUAGACUGGGAAGCAGCAGAAACGACAGAGAAGGGCUCAAACAGAACUUCCAAUCCUUCAUCAGCCAUUAACAUCCAGGAAGAACUACUCGAAUACCUGCCGUCGCCUUCAGACGAUGGCCGACUUCCUCCACCUAUGCCAAUGCUCACUACCAUCUAUGAAGAGCCAGAGCCUAGCAAUUUCAGCCAUGCUCAAACCAUGCUCACCCAAGAGAACGUCACGCGCUUCGCAAGACCAGGUGCCAUCUCACCUCACCCAUUGAGUUCUGUUUCGUCUGCCGUGACAGCUCGUAAGCCACCUACAAUUGAACCUCACCGACUCGAGUAUCAGAGACCAUACGUUGAGAGCGACUCCACUACGAGUGGAUCUUCGGGUGCAGUCAGGAAUGGCCAUAGUCGUCGAAGCUCAAGAACAAAGAUAUCGGAUGAACAAGUCUAUCAAUCUGCACAAGAAGAUGGUCGUGGUCAUGGAAGUAGAGAAGGAGUGUUGGACGGUGCUCGUAGAGAGAGAAAGUCAAAGACUCCCGCCAAGAAGGGACUUGUUGGAGGAUGGAAGUUGUGGUGA